AUGUUUUCCUUUAAGAAGAAACACCAGAGCGUUGCGGAGAUCCAUCUUACUGCCCAGGACGGCGGUGUCAUCACUGAAAGUGGUGAGAUUGUUCAUCGCAGCAAUGAGGACAUAGUGGGCAAUGCUGUGUUCAAGCUACGGCAAGGGGAGAGGUUCACGCACUCCAAAGUGUUGCUCAGAGGGAUUGUCACUACGACGACAGAGACCUCACCAUCUGGGUCUUUGCAGCCACGUUGGAGAACGGAGAAGCUGCCGUUGCUAGCUGUCGCUGUCCAGAGCAAAGCACAGCCCGACUUCCGUGCAGAAAAUGGCAUCAUCAACAUCCCGUUCCGCUUCAAUCUGGACGAAUGCAAGCGCAGCUCCGACGUACAGGAUCUGCCUCCCUCGGUCGAUUGGAAGCAAGACACGAAGUGGUGGUCGUCCCUGAAGCAGUCGGAUGGAGCUGCUCAGUAUAGCAUCGACUAUAGUAUCACUGCCUCCGCUUGCUGUGAGAGCAAGCUCAUAGCGUCGACGACCAGAAAGCUCUCUGUCUUACCGGUUGCUGAGGAGCAGCCUCCGCCAUACGAUCCAAACUCUUUAAGCAGGCCAGGGGAGUACUUCACAGUGAGCUCUCCACGGCCCUCGAAAGCGAGGCGAAGAACGGCGGGUCAUCAGUUCCAAGUCGCUGCCCAAGAACCAAGCCCUCUCCGGCUGGACGUCAGCGGCCACACAUUGCAAACGUCUGUCGCCAUACCACUGGUAAUCAAGCUCACACCACAGGACAACGGCGAUCUCGACGAAAAGAGCAUACCCGCGCAAUGCAGCUUGAAAGCGCAGUUAGUCACACGAACGUUCAUCACACCCAACCAUUCCAGGACGAUCCCAACAAUGGAGAGAAUAGCAGCGGAUGAGGAUGCCCGUGUCAGAACAAUGAGAAACAAUGAACAGAGCUUCACGUUCUCCCUGUCCGGCUGGCAGCAGUAUGGUGAAGGUACAGCACAACGAACUUCGACACAGCGUGCGUUCCUGACAAACACAGGUACCUCCGAGCACUUCGCUAUAACAAGACUGCCGUUCUUAUUCAACAUCGACUCUCCAACAAGGCUGAGUCCGACAUUCUUCACACCUCUGUUGUCAAGACAGCACGCCAUCGAGCUCAAGUUCACCUUUCUACAGAGCUCGAGGACGCUUGAGCUCUCGCUACCAUUGCAAGCAGUGCAUGAGGCGGGACCUGUCGAUGUGUCGAUGCGGAAGCAGUUUUUGCAAACGGAGACCAAGUGA